CAUUAUCCUCAGCCAGAAGAACAAUUGCUUGAGAUAAAUGGCUGACACCACUUGGAAAAAACGUCGUUGGUUCUUCCUGGGAUCUUAACAAGACGAUGACUUUUAAACAUCGUGUGAAGCCACUCGCUGCCGCCAUCGUUCUUCGGGCUCGGGCUCAUUUCCUUUUAGACUAUGAGAUAGGAUGGUCCGACCUAUCUUAUAAGCAAAAGAAAUGGGCCAUAGACCUUUUAGAGAAGGCAUCAAAGAGUCUUUUUCCAUUGAAGGCUUGCUUGGAUCACUGGGGAGCCCGCCAUAUCAAGGUCAAGUCAUGGAGAAAAGCAAAAAGUGAAGGUAAAAGAUGCUUUGAUAUCGUGGCAGUUAUAUCUCAUAUUCUAUGUUAGCAUCUACUCUUGCCAUAGGCUACGAUGCGACAAGCUUUCAAGAAGAGGAAAGUGUGCCCACUAUGUUUUCUGCUCCUUCGGCGAGCCAGAAUGCCGUACCUGAAGAGGAAUUCGACCUCGGCGAAGAUAGGUAGGGU